AUGACGGAUGUAACGGAGGAGCAGGUGUCCAAGAUGACGCCUGAGGAUGGCGAGCACGAGCCCUGGUACUCGACGCUCAUUCAGCUCGGGAUUCCGUUCUUCCUGGCCGGAUUGGGCACGAUUACGGCCGGAUUGAUGCUGGGCAAUGUGCAGGAUUGGUUGGUGUACCGUGAGGUGAACGAGCUGUUCGUCCUGGUGUCGGUGCUGUGUGGAUUGAAGGGUAAUCUGGACAUGUGCGUGGCCUCGAGGAUUUGCACCAACUCGAAUUUGGGUCACCUGUCCAGCCGAAAAGCCGUGCUACAGAUCAUGGUGGGCAACAUGGCCCUGGUUCAGCUGCAGGCCAUUGUUUGUGCCGUUUUGCUGAGCACCCUGACGGCGGGCAUCAGUGCGGCGGUCAACCAGGACUUCAGCGUCGAGCACUAUCCCGUGCUGACUGCCGCCGCCUUGAUCACCUCCAGCACCUCCUGCUUCCUGCUCGACUCCAUUGUGAUGGUCGUCAUCCUGUUCUCGCAGCACUACAGUUUCAAUCCGGACUACAUGGCCAUACCGAUAGUGGCCUCGAUUGGCGAUGUGGUCACCAUAAGUUUGCUCUCCUUCAGCGCCGCCUUAAUGUACGAUCUGUCCCAGUCGCACCUGUGGAUUGCCAUUUGCGUGGUGAUCGGCUAUGUGGUGCUCAUGAUGCCCGUCUGGCUGGCGGUGGUGCUGCGGAAUGUCUAUGUGCGACCCAUUUUGAUGGUCAGCUGGAUACCGGUGGUCGGGGCACUGUGCAUUAGCCAGAUUGCAGGAUUCGUGCUCAGCUCCUCCGUGGAGGACUUCCGGGCCUUUGCCAUCUUCUCACCCAUCAUAAACGGGAUUGGGGGCAAUCUGGUGUCCGUGCAGGCCAGUCACAUGGGCAGUGUCCUGUACCGUCGUUCUAGUUUGGGCAUCCUGCCCGGCGAUUCCCGCAUCCUGGAGUGGCCACAUCGGGUUUACUUUCGUGGCACCGUUUACUCGCGCGUGACCCGUGUCCUGAUCGCCAUCUCUGUGCCGGGCAAUGUGGUGCUCGUCAUCCUGGCCGACUAUCUCCGCGUGGCGCAAGUCUCAGUGAAGUGGGUCUUCGUGGUGGCCUUUGUGGUCACCAGUUUGCUGCAGUUGCUCAUCCUGCUGUGGCUGGCCCACGCCCUGGUACAUCUGCUGUGGCGUCGCAAGAUCGACCCGGACACGGCCGCCAUUCCGUAUCUGACCGCCGUGGGGGAUGCCCUGGGCACGGGUCUGCUGGCGGUCAUGUUUCACCUGCUACGGUGGGCGGAGGAGGACUACAAGCCCAGGGAUCAACCGUGGCUCAAGAUUAGCUAUUGA